AUGUUAGCAAACAAAAUCCAUCGUGGCGAUUAUUUCAUCAGUAAAGAAGUAUCAUCUCUUGUAGAUAUCAGCGCAGAAGUCGUAUCAGCGAAUUUUUCAUUAUACCCAAGCUUGCCUGGGCUAAAAAGUUAUAAAUUAGUCGAAAAAAUAAUAGAUAAAGUUUCAGUUACCCUCCCACUGCAAAUUACAGCUCCAAACAUCAGCAUUGAAAGCUACUGAAAGCGGGCUUGUGAGUCCAAGUGGAAAAACAUCCGCCACAAUGAGCAUGGGUGGUCGUGGAAACAGACCUACAUAGAAACCUAUCUGCAAGAAAUCCUAUGCAAGCACCCUGGAGAUGACUUAGAAGAGCUUGCAAGCCUUAUUAUGGCUACCAGGAACUUUAUUUUUUAUAUUGAUAUUGAAGAGCUCCCAUCACAUUUAGACUUAAGAAUUUUAUUCAAAAAUGUCCCAUGCAUCACCAAAUUCAGGGUUUCAUAUGGCGCAAAACAUUUGGGGUCUGAAUAUGACCGGUCUUUAUUUGGGAUGAGAAUGAAUGAUGCCGCAAGUAUCACGAAAUGCAUAAAAAGCUCCCAGUGUUUGGUCUCCCUCUCGCUGCCUUGCAAUUUGAUUGAUGAUGAGCUAGUUAGAAUGCUUACAAAAGGAUUUUUAUAUAAUAAAACCAUUGUAGAGCUUGAUUUAUCCCAUAAUAGAAUUGGUGACCAUGGCGCAAGAAGGAUCGCUAAAUAUUUAUUCCAUUCAGAUGUCCUGUUGUCGCUUAAUUUAAGUGACAAUCAAAUACAGUAUGAAGGAUCCAGAUGCAUAGGCCAAGCUCUGAGAAAUAAUAGAUCGUUACAGAUUUUGAAUUUAAAGCAUAAUAGACUUGAUGAUAGGUCUGGGGCUAAACUUUGUAGUGAUUUACAACAAAAUGGGGUGGUCAGGUCAUUAAAUUUAAGCUCAAAUUCUUUGUCAACGCUAUUUUGUGAAAAAUUAUGUGACUUAUUGGCAAAUAAUGACUCUUUGCUUGAGCUUGAUAUAAGCUGCAAUUUAUUAGUAGACAAUGAAGCUGAAGAUGCUAUAAGGGAUGAAAUGCUGAGCGCUGUAGAAAAAUUAAAAGGAGUGCUUUCACUUGGCUGCUCAUUACUGAUGAUUGAUAUCAGAAAUAAUGGCUUAACUCGAAGAAUGGAAAAAGAUAUAACAGAGAUUGUGGUUAAGCAUGAUUUAGACUUAAAAGAUAUACCACUUUAUAGGGUCCAAACACCAGCUUCUAGGUCUUCAGCAUCCAGACAUUCGCAGCACAGACUGCCAAGUGGAAAUUCUCUUAAAGUGCAAACCCCUAUCAGAACUCCUAAGACUCCUUAUCGUACUUAA